CUGCCGAACCGUAGGUGCUGCUAUCCAGUCGCGACAGGUGCGCUGGACAGAGCGCAGGGUCCGUGUCCGUGCUACGCCGAGCACCGCCGACUUUCUAGUCUGGUGUUUCAGAGUCUGUAGACAAGAUGGAAUCCACUCCAUUUAAUAGACGACAAUGGACUUCCCUGUCAUUGAGAGUAACAGCCAAAGAACUUUCUCUUGUCAACAAGAAUAAGUCAUCGGCAAUUGUGGAAAUAUUCUCCAAGUACCAGAAAGCGGCUGAAGAGGCAAACACAGAAAAGAAGAGAAAUAACACUGAAACCCUCCCCCAGCACUUUAGAAGAGGGACCCUGUCGGUGUUAAAGAAGAAGUGGGAGAACCCUGUGGCUGCAGCAGAGUCCCCCAUAGACACACUGCCAGACAGCAGCAUCGAGGGCGGGCGCGGGCACAGAGUGGACCACCCUCCUGCCGAAGUGACGGAGGGCUCUGCUUCUGGACCCAGAGCAGACCAGGAAGGGCAAACCCAGCCCAAACUUAGAUUUGGAUCUCGUCCGGAAGCCGUUAUUCACUGUCGGCAUUCCCCCUCUGAGGACAGCCUGGAUCUUAAAGCCCAGGCCACAGAAAGUCAGAAAAUGGAAAAUUGUCUAGGAGAUUCCAGACAUGAAGUAGAGAAAUCUGAAAUGAGUGAACACACAGAUGCUUCGGGCAAGAUAGAGAAAUACAAUGUUCCGCUCAACAGACUAAAGAUGAUGUUUGAGAGAGGUGAACACACUCAAAACAAGAUUCUUUGGACCCAAAGCCGAAAUGCAGGUGGAAAAAGGAUCUCUGAAAACAGCUGUUCCUUGGAUGACUUGGAAAUAGGUCCUGGUCAUUUGUCAUCUUCUGCAUUCAAUUCUGAGAAGAAUGAUAGUAAGCGGAGCCUGGAGCUCCCACGCCUCUCAGAAACCUCCAUCAAGGAUCGAAUGGCCAAAUACCAGGCUGCUGUGUCCAAGCAGAGCAGCUCAACCAGCUACACAAAUGAGUUGAAAGCCAGUGGUAGUGAGAUCAAAACUCAUAAACUGGAACAAAAGGAAAAUGUGCCCCCGGGUCCCGAGGUCUGCAUCUCCCAUCAGGAAGGAAAAAAGGUUUUUGCAACUGAGAAUAGUCUGGUGGCCCAUUCUAGCCCCGCUGAAGAUGAUGCCUGUAACUCCCAGCUGAAGAGUGAGGACCAGCAGCCUGUGCACCCUAAGCCACUAAGUCCUGACGCCAGAACUUCGAGUCUUCCAGAAAGUUCUCCUUCCAAAACAGUGAAGAAAUUUCAGGCUCCUGCAAAAGAGAGCUGUGUGGGGUGUCAGAAGACAGUGUACCCCAUGGAGCGUCUCCUGGCCAACCAGCAGGUGUUCCACAUCAGCUGUUUCAGAUGCUCCUACUGCAACAACAAACUUAGUCUAGGAACAUAUGCAUCUUUACAUGGACAAAUCUAUUGUAAGCCUCACUUCAAUCAACUCUUUAAGUCUAAAGGCAAUUACGACGAAGGCUUCGGCCACAGACCACAUAAGGAUCUUUGGGCAAACAAAAGUGAAAAUGAAGAAAUCUUAGAGAGACCGGCCCAGACUCCAAAUACAGGGGAGACCCCCCAUAGCCCCAGGGUAGAAGAUGCCCCCAUUGCUAAGGUGGGUGUUCUGGCUGCAAAUAUGGAAGCUAAGGUCUCCUCUCAGAGGGAGAAGGAAGAUAAGCCAGCUGAGACCAAGAAACUGAGGAUUGCUUGGCCGCCCCCAGCUGAACUGGGCAGUUCAGGGAGUUCCAUGGAGGAAGGGUUCAAGGUCUCUAAGCCCAAGUGGCCUCCUGAGGAUGAAACUAGCAAGACGGAGGCUCCAGAGGAUGUAGACCUGGACCUGAAGAAGCUGAGGCGAUCUUCCUCGCUGAAGGAGAGGAGCCGCCCAUUCACGGUAGCUGCUUCAUUUCGAACCUCUUCCAUCAAGAGCCCCAAGAUGCUAUCACCUGUCAGGAAAGGUUGGAGCAUGUCUGAGCAGAAUGAGGAGUUUGGAGGAGGGAUAGUAAUGGAAGGGAAACAAACGGAAAAUGCCAAAGCCUCUGAGAAGAACGGGAAUGUGGGGAAAUCACGCUGGCAGAGCAAGGAUUCCGCCAGGGAGGAAGUGGUGAGGAGGAGCAAGGACAGUCAUGAUUUUGAGCUGGAGAGUGAGAAUUUCAUAGAAAAUGGAGCGAACAUCGAUGAAGAUGAUAGCAAUGACCUCGUGCAGCAGUCUCCACUAGAACCCGAGUCUCCAAGUUGGUCCGGCUUUGUAGACACCACUCCUACAAAAGAGUUUACAACCCAGAAUCAAAAAUCUCAAGAUGUGGGGUUCUGGGAGGGGGAAGUGGUCAGAGAGUUAUCAGUGGAGGAACAGAUAAAGAGAAACCGGUACUACGAUGAGGAUGAAGAUGAAGAAUAACAGGCCGCCAUGGUGCUGGCCUUAAAUUCCUGUCAGCACUAGUACUUACUGCCCUUUAUCAAGUGGUGCCCAGAGACAGGCAGGGAGGUGCCAGCUGUCAUUUAUGUGGGUGCCACUUCGGAAAGGAAUUCCUGCUACCAAAACAGAAAACAAACAAAAGAGAAUCAAUUCUAAGUGCGUUAUUGGAACUCUAUUUGAAACCUGGUGUGGUGGCACUUGGGAGGCAGAGACAGCGGAUCUCUGAGUUCCAGGCCAGCCUGGUCUACAGAGUGAGUUCCAGGACAGCCAGGGAUACACAGAGAAACCCUGUCUUGAAAAACAAAAAGAAAAAGUGCAUUUUAACAGUGAAGAUAUGCAUAAGGACUAACUAAGCAAGAAAGGCUUUCAUUGGUAUAGCUCAGUGUCCACUGCAGUCCCAAACGUCAAUAUUAAAGUGUCUAGACUGCCACAUUUUUACACUACAAAUACCACUGUGGAAUUGGAGACAAACAACAGAUUUAGGUGCCUACAUAUCAUGACCAGAAGCACUUUAGUAUAAAGGGCACAGUGUAGAUAUUUUUACCAAUUUCAUUUUUUAGUACUCAGCUGUUUAAAUCAAAUAUUUAGUCUUUCAAAUUUUUCUUAUGCUUUUUAUCCCUCUGGUAGAUAUGGGAUCUUAUUGCUCUGGGCCCUACACUUGGCAUGUUUACUCAUUGAGGUAUAAUACAACAACCUCUAUCCCAGUGAGAUGGCUCACUGAGUAAAGGCACUUGCUACACAAACCUGACCACCUGAGUUCGAUCCCCAGCACCCACGUAUCAAGAUGAGAGAACCAAUUCCACAAGGUUAUCCUCUGACAGACAUGCCCUGUGGCACAUAUGCCCAUAAAAAUAAUAAUAAACAAUUAAAAAAAAUAAGCCACUCUUCUGAGAUACCUGUGAGAACAAAGAACCAACCUGUAUGCUUUGGUGCUUGGAGAGGCCCACUGGAGCAUUUGCCAGUGUGUUUAUCUGGACUCUAGGUGAUUGCUUCCUCUGUUUGGUGGCUUCUCACAAUUUACAGAAAGCUUGCACUGUUUUUACAAGACCUUCUGGAUCAGGGUUCACCAUGCUAUGGGCAAAACAAAAUAAAGACUCUGAAGGAGGGAAAACAAAGAGGAACUGCCUAGGCUCCGAUCUCCACAGCCACCCUGAGGCAAAUCUUGUCAAAACCUAUCAGCUCUGAAAUGUAUUGACUUUUGUGGCAGAUAUAUCUCCAGGGGUUAAAUUCAAUCAGUUUUAGGUCUUUCUUCUUGGAUGGUGUCCUAGCUUGAUUCACUGUUGGUGUAAUGAAACACUGAGCAGAAAGUGACUGAGAGGAAGAAGUUCAUUUCCAUCACAGGUCACACUGGUUGUCAAGGAAGUGAGGCAGGAACAUGGCUCCUUGGCUCCUUCUCCAUGGCUUACUCAGGUUGCUUUCUUAUACAACCAGGGCUGCCUGCCAAGGUGUGGCUCUGCUCACAACAGUAACAACAAAAAGCUCUACAGACAAUGCCCACAGACUAAUCUGUUAGAGAGAGUUCCUCAAUUGAGAUCCCCAGGCAAUCUCUUUGUCAAAUUGGCAAAAACCAGCACAGGCGGUUUUCUCUAGCAUUAAGACUUUAGAACAUUAUACACACACACAGGGAUCACGUAUGGGCAACGGGUGUUUUUAAGGUAGAGGCCUUUUUGCAUUUGUAGAGAUUUAGCUCUACUUUAGAGACGUAAAAUAAUGUUUCUUUAUAGUCUUGGUUAGUCUAAAACAUUUUUAUUCAAUAAAGCUUUUAAUUUACAUUUUAA